GGAUUCCUCCACUCUGCUUAUUGCUGACCCGGGAGGGGCAUCUCCCUCGGAUCCCGUCUCACCUCCGCUCCUGGAUUUUUCUUCUUUGCUUUUUUUCCUCUCAGGAGACUAACGGUCCUUGAUCCCGCCGAUGUGGAUGAUUCCCGCUGCAAGCUCAGUCGCAACCGGCAAUCGAAUGCUCUGACCCCGCAUGGUCCGACUCGUUUCUGCCUAGUGUAUGCCGCCGCCACAUCCAACGGCAUAUUGCUUAUUUGCCUCCAGCCUCGUGGGUUACACAACUAUACAGUUCUCUACCGACAACCGAGCCAUGGACGAGGUAUGGACUUGUCAGUUUUGCUCGGCAGUUUUUCAUCGCUUAGACCAUCACAAGCGACAUAUAGCUACUCAUAGCUCACAGAAGCCUUUCAAAUGUGGAUUCUGCGGCUCUCAUUACAAACGAGGAGAUGUCCUGCGGCGACACUGGAAAUCUUGUUCUGCCCGUAUACACGCCGGUCAGGCCAUUCCAGGACCUCGGAUAGGUGGCAAAGAACGACAUGCAUGUGACGUCUGCGCAAGGCUAAAGAAAUCCUGUGAUGGGGGGAAGCCAUGCUUAGAAUGCGCCACGCGGCGGAAGGAGUGCACGUACUUGCGACUGCAGGAGAGCGGGGGAUCUCCGCGCAACCAGCACACCCCUUCGCCGACUUUUAACAAAUUGCAGCCCGAGCCUAUAAACUCAAUACCUGAUGUAGCACUUCCCACGUGGGAUCUUGGGCUCCAACCAUACUAUCCGAAUCACCAGACUCGUCUGAAAGCUCGCGCGCUACGCGAUGGUAUCCAGUCGGAGGGGUGAGUCUGUUCUAGUACACACAGCUGUUUAUCGGACAGGAUCAUCAAAUAAUAGCGCGGGUAUCACGGGGAAUAGAAGACCUACUUGGAGUUUCGGAGUGCCGACGAAUACAGAAGGGCCGGGCAUUGUAAAUUGCUACUAUUAUUUCAAAUGUAUAUAAGAACUUAAGCAUUUGCGUCUAUUGCGAGUAUGUGGCUAACAUCG